AUGCUGCGACGCAAACCGACGGCCCUAACGAUAACCAGCGAGGACAUCGCGGCAUUUGAAGAAUCGCACCUGCGCAAGCUAGCCUACGCGCGAUACCUCAAAACAGGCGAGGACCCGGACGGAUACUUUCGAAACGGCAAUCCCCAACAAAAUCAGAAUCCAAACCACCAACACCAACAGCAGCAGCAGGCCACCACGGCUGCGGGGACGGUGGACCCGAAUGAUGAAUUGAAGCCGUUGCCGGGCGAUAAGGCGCGGAUUGUGAGGAGUCGCGAGGAGAGGAUUGGUGUUGGCGGCGGGACGGCAGGUGGGAGUGCGAGGUGA